AUGGCGUCGGCGUGUAUCAGAUCCAUCAAUCGCACGUCUCUGAGGUCGCUCCGGUCGAGCAUCAAGGCCCGUGCGGUGGUGAUGCCUCGGCGAGAGUCCCUUCCGUCCGGAUCUUCCCCGGCUGCGCCGCAGUUCUCUAGCCCCAGCUCCUCCCGGUGUUCCACCUCCGAUCGGCGCACCUCGUUUCUGUCCAGGUUUGUUUACCCUGUCGAUCAUAGCUUGAUGUCCGUGUCGUUGUCUUCGUGGGGGUUUUGAUUCUUCUUCGCCAGGUGCCCCUCGGAACUGGGAUGCGUCUUAGCUUCCCUAUUCCCGUUACAUAGCGCGGUGGCCGCGGCUAGGUUAACGUCCUGCCUGAGCUCGACGUCCCAGGGAUCCAAGGCGUUCUCACAGGGUACGCUCUGCCGUACCUAUCCCGGACUCUAG